GACGGGUCAGUCAACAAACACGUCACAUACCCGAGCAGGAAGUUAACGGUGGAGUUUCCAUUCCUCCUCUAAGCUCAGACACAGCAAACUGAAUCGGGCUUUGUCUACGUUUACAUCGUCUCUCACAAUUUUACCGUCAAUCGCCUCUUCGGGACCAUAAACGAUGUCGCUCUAUCCAUCUCUGGAGGACCUGAAGGUGGACAAGGUCAUGAGGGCCCAGGCUCAGUUUGCCCAGUCCACCUCCUCUGCUCCAGCCAUCACCGAGGGCACCUACCAGGCUGCUGUGCAAGGCAUGCCAAGCUCAAGUCUGUACCCAAACCUGGAGGAGCUAGGAGAGUACAUGGGACUCAAUCUCACCAGUGAUGAGGUGCAGAAGAACCUGGCUCUUGUCCCAGCUGCGGAUAAUGUUGCAGUUCCAUCAGGUCUAGGGAGCAUGGUGCGGCCAGUGACUGGCGCAGAUGUGGGCAUCAGGAGAGCUGAAAUUCGCCCAGGCCUGAGGGAGGUCAUACUCUGCAAGGACCAAGAAGGGAAGGUUGGCCUGCGUCUGAAAGAAAUUGACAAUGGGGUGUUCAUUCAACUGGUGCAGGCAAACUCGCCUGCGUCUCUGGCUGGUCUGCGUUUUGGAGACCAGGUGCUUCAGAUCAACGGGAAGAACUGUGCCGGCUGGAGCACAGACAAAGCCCACAAGGCUCUGAAGGCAGCAGCUGAACAGCGCAUUGAGCUUGUGGUCCGUGAUAGGCCUUUCCAGCGCACAAUCACCAUGCAUAAGGACAGCUCUGGCCAUGUUGGCUUCAUCUUUAAGUCUGGCCGUAUCACUUCUCUGGUGAAGGAUGGUUCUGCUGCCCGCAAUGGCCUUCUCACUGAUCACUACAUUUGCGAGAUCAAUGGCCAAAAUGUCAUUGGACUCAAGGAUUCUCAGAUUAAAGACAUCCUGACCACAUCUCCCACUGCCAUGACCAUCACCAUCAUGCCCAAGAUCAUCUAUGAGCAUAUGAUUAAGAGGAUGUCGAGUGGCCUGCUGAGGUCAGCAAUGGAUCACUCGGUGCCUGAGGUUUAAACCUCUCACACCUCAGCCCCUUCCAGAGCAUCUGCAAUCCCCAUCAGGCCCUUCUAGCACAUGGCUGGUCUGUGUUAGAAUUAAUCCUUUCUUCAAUCAUGUUCAUGUAUAACAUAAGAAAUUUGCCUUUUUCUACUUUUAGAUGUUCUUGUAUAUCUAUUUUUUCCCUAUCUUCUUUGUUACUGUUGCAUUGUUUAAUUGUAUUUUAUAUGUAACAAUAAUAAUCCAUCACAUAUCCCAGA